CUCACAAGAGGUCCUACCAGUAAACGUGCACUCCUUUAAAUAAUUUAUUUUUAUUUUUGGUUUGUUCGGGUUUGUAAACCGCAAGUAACAUGUCUGUGUCCUACAUUCGCAAGAAGGUGACUAGUGAGCUCCGAUGGUUCGAAUCAGCUCAUGCUUUGGUUGACAGAACGGAUAGGGAUGCGGCAUUGCUUGAUAGGGCGUCUCAGGUGCAUGAACGGUUGGAGGUGGUGUACGAUCGGUUGUCUGACCUGAUUGCUUUUGGGUUUGACGUGGACUAGUUGUAACGCCAAAAUAUUUCAUUUCCAUUAAUUUAAACCUUUUUCUAAAUUACUGGCAACGCCAUCUAACGAUUGUACGUGGCGCAGUGUGGAGAAUUCAAUAUCUUUUUUUAAUAUACACAAAUAGUUUCGGUUACUCGACAUUGCAUGCCGUGACUGUGCGAUUUUGUCUCAAUUAUUCGACGACAAACUUUCCACAUCUCUGGCCUGCAGAAUCUUCGAGAAACAUAUUAUAAAACGACAAGUUUACUUCGUCUAUCCCUCUUUCAUGUAACAUCUCGCGAGCUGCGAGGUGAUUAUGUUCGUUGAUUUACCAAAGUCAGUUUUACUAAUCCUUGGUGACUUGUGUUAAACCAGGGUAAAUGUAUUUGAAUUAUUCUCCACACUGUGUCCAUUAAAUUUAAUUAUUUUUAAAAAAAAAACAAACAAUGUCUUGAUACUUAGGUCCUAAUAACUGGUACAAAUUUACUUCAGUUAGGGUGCGGAGCGCCUUCGGAAUCCCAUAGCACUUUCCUAUAUGGACGCUGCCUGGAGCGGGAAGCUUUAGUAAGUCGAUCCAAAGGCAGGCUGCUUGACUACAGUAGUAACAGGACACACCCGCAUUCCCAGCCUCGCUCGCAUACAGGAAUCCCGGUUGCUGAGAAGCGAUCCCGGUGAAUCGUAUUCUGUUUCUUUUAUUUCAUUUGAAAUGAAACAAAAAGAAAAUCUUCGUCCAAAAAAUCUUAAGCCAUUUAAAGGCACCCUUUCCUUCCACCAGGUCCUUUGGGAUAUAUUAUUUGAAAGACUUACUCUAAGAAAUGUAAGUUGUUUCUUAUGUGAUAUUGAUGAGCAGUGCAUACAUGGCAAACCCCUUGGAUUCUAUGAAUUCAAUGUAGCUACACCUAUAUAUAAUAUAAGAAUUAAUGACAAUGAAGCCGAAAACGAUAAUAUAGUGGCACUACUUGCAAAAACUGUACCCAGACAGCAAGAAAGGAAUGUUAAUAAAAGUAUUGAAAUAAUAUCAGAUAUAACGUUCAGAAACAAUGAACGGUACAGUUUGGAGUGUAAAGGAUAGGAAAAAAAAAGCUGUAAUUGCUAUACUGGCCCCUAUACGGAAUGACCUGUCGCUUUCCCAAGACGACUGGACUACGAGUAUUAUAGAAAAAUCGAUUCCUAUAUUAAAUAUCUUCUAUGAGGUUACGAAAGAGAGAAGUGGCGAAGAAUAGGUAACGGUUUCGAAUGUCAUCGUAUAGUGUAAGUUAAUAAAUAAACAGAUCGAGAAGUGCACUGGGGAAACUCUUGACCUAUUCAAGAAUUGAUUCAAACAUUAGUCUUACAAAUAACACAACGGUUUCACGAUACAGAGAGCAAUAUACUCUUCAGUGAAGCAACUAUCUUGGACCCUAGAUUUAAAAACAAAAAGGGUUCAGCAAAAAAAAAAAAAAAGUGUUAGGAACUUUUAAAGGGCUGCAGCUCAACUAAAAUAAAAAAUCGGUGCUAUUGAUAAUAAUGCAAGCGUGGUAGUGCCUGUUGAAGAGAGGUAAAUGACUCUGUCAUUUAUUGUAAAAUCCAUCUGGGAUGAAUUUGAUACUGAGAUUACAAAACUGGUACCUGAAAAUCCAGUAGCAGCUGGUAUAGUCGAAUUCGACAAAUAUAUGCUCGAACCUUUAAUCAAGAGGCAUACAAAUUCUCUCAAGUGGUGGAAGGAUCGCAAGGCAGUAUAUUUAUAUAUAGGUCAUCUUUAUUCAUUUAUGUUGAAAGGCUUAAUAUUGUAGCUACGUAGAUGUAGAUGAUCUUUUGAGGAAAAAUUUUCCCUAUAUUUUUUUUUAAUUUCAUUCAUUUAAAACGCUGUUACAGCGCUCCAAAGUUGACCGGGUUCGUCAAUGCGUGGCACGAAAUAACAUCAAUGUACUGAAAUUAAGUUUGAUAAGAGUACCGUACUAACAAUAUCUCAAGAAAAUUUUCUUGGUAAUGAAUGUUUUUCUGUUUACCAAGCUGAAUUAGAUGCAGAUUCACUUAUCGUCUCUGCUUCGUUUUUUGCAUCCCGAUCUCAUGGUUCUAUUAUUAUUGUGGCAUAGGACAUUGACAUUCUUGUAUUGCUCACGGCAUUAGGUACAAGACAGCCUAACAUAUAUUUUUCUAAACCUCCAAAAGGGCGCACAUCUGCUCAGUUAUAUAGCCCUUCAACUUUUAUGUAUGGAGAUCUCAUAACACAGAAUUUACUGCUUCAUCAUGCUUUUUCAGGAUGUGAUACAACAUCAGCAGCCUAUAAUAUGGGGAAAUUAAAAUUUAUAAAAAUUAUGAGGAAACAUCCUGAAUUAGCUCGUGGUACCGCGCUAUUCCUGAGUGAGAAAGUCGAUCCAUCUUUGCUCACUCUUGGUGGCGAGCGUUUUUUCGUAACUUCAUACGGCGGUAAUAGACGACUCACUAGACGGCUUGCGAUAAAAACGAUUUGCCAAGACAGUGACUAAAAAUUCAUUUCAUUUAUCAUCGCUUCUUACAACACAAGAUGCUGCUCGUUUUCAAUCUCCGAGUAUAGGUCCAGUCGUGGCUCGGAAGAUAUCAAAAUCCUGAAGAUUGAGACUGGAAAAAGCAUGCAAACAUUUGGAUGCAAAUGCUCUACAGUAUGCCUCCAUUGUUCUGGCGAAACAUGUAGCAAGCAGCGUUAUGGAAAUAUCAAAGUUAAUGGAAGAAAAUGAAUUUUAAGAUGAACUUCCAACUAUGACUCCAAUUUUAACUCCUGUCAUUCCUCAAACUUUCACAUUUGACGUUGAUUUAGAUUCUCAGCCACAGCCUGGACCAUCGAAGAAAAGUCGAUUAGAAUAGCUAGCUAAUAAGUGAUUUAAGAGAAAACUGUCUGAUGCAAGCUAUUUCAAAAAAAUGUUAAAACGGCUGGCAACACCUCCAAUGCAAUAAAAUAUAAAAAAAAAUCAUAAAGCUGUCUAUCUGGAAGAUUUUCAAAUUAAAAAUACUGCUGCUGCUACAAAAGAUUUUGAUUUGCCAAACUUUAUCCCUGGUUUUUGAAAACCAAACUUGCCUUUGUACAUAAUUUUCUUAUUACUCUGUACUAUGUCUUCUUUUUUGUGUGUACAUAAAUAAAUAAAUAAAUAAAUAAAAAACAAGAUAAUAUUACGAUGUCAAAAUCUACCGUUAACGAACAUCAACUGUUGCCUUCAACUUCAACGUCGCCGCCAAUGGAUGCCAGCGAGAUAAGUACUAACAAUUCUCAAACUGAUCAUUAAAUUGAUUAUAAUAGGGAAUUGGCUUUUAAACGCCAGAGGUCAAUGGAAAGUAGUAUUGGAGAAAUAUACACAUAUACUUCUACUGGUGACAAAACUAAAAAAAAUAAUAAUGUAAUAAUGUUCAGAUGAGAACCUCUUAUGAGAAAAUGUUACCUUAACAAGUGACAUUUGGUCAGAUCUACAAAUGAGAAGUUACUUAGGUAUAACUGCUCAUUUCGGCAUCGGAAUUGAAUUUCAUUCCGUAGCUUUGGGUGUGUACCACUUAGAUGAAAGACAUUCGUUGGCAUAUAUUGCACAAAUGCUCACUAAAACAUGUGAAGUAUGGGGAUUUAAUGCGGAUCAAGUCAGAGCAGUAGUAACAGAUAAUGCUGCAAAUAUGGAGAAGGCUGUCAAAAUUGUAUUUGGGAAAAAAAAAAGCAUAUCCCAUGCUUUGCGCAUACACUUAAUUUAGUUGCUAACAUAUUUUGGGAAUUCCUGAAUUACAGCUAAUAAUAACGAAAGCAAAAAAUAUUGUUACUUUUUUUAAACAAAGUUUUGUGGCAGGCGAUGAGUUGCAUAAAUCAGUUAAGACUGACACAAAAUUGAUUCAGGAUGUCCAUACACGUUGGAACAGCACGUACUAUAUGAAAAAAUACGGUUUCUUGAUUAACGAAAUGCUGAUUUGUCAUAAAGCAGCACCGCCAAUGUUAACUGGUAUUGAGUUGACAAUAUUAACAUCGCUUCUUAACAUUUUACGUCCACUGGAAGCAGCGACUAAGGAAAUUGUUCGAAACCAAUCCGUUAGUUUUUGAAUUUUUACCACGGCAACACGGGUCACGAUUUGACGGUGCCUUCGCGAUUUGACAUCUGUCACUUUGUCUUGCUUCUCGAACAGGACGGUACCUGCAUAAUAUAUUGACGGUCUACGCUAAAGUAUUGUAUCAUCGCUAAUCCUUAUCCAUUCCUGCCCUAUACCCUUCUCCCUAAGUGAUACGGCGUGAGAAGACGAAGUCAUCGGUUCCGGUGAGUGAUUGCAUGAUAUUUUGUUAAAAUAGUACAUACGGCGCCGCGAAUCGCGGCACAUGUUCGACGCGCACCUCGUGCUGGUUUCCCUAGGCUGCCACGAGGGCGCUGGAUUCGGAUAGAACAAUUUCUGGUAGCAGAGCGUGGUUAGAUUUGUAAAAUCUACAGUAAUUACCACGAAUUGUAAAAUUUGUUACAUCUAACCUUACUUAAUUUUGUUACUAGUCAGCAGAAAUAGUGUAGGCAUAGGGUUCGGUUCUGUUUAAACUAUCAUUCUGCUGACCUAGGUCAGGUCGUUUAGUGUGUUUCUAUCCACCUGGUUAAUAAAAUUAGUGAAUAGUAAUAGUUAGUAUUAGUAAGACUGAGUUAUUUGCUUCCACUGCGCAUAGCUGACUGGUUGUACGUUGAGUUGGACAGCUGUGCUGGCUGAGUUUAUGACCUAGCACACAGCUGCUACAGUGAUCAGCUAUUUUCAUACUAUUACUACAGAUUUAUGUGAAUUCUGCCAAUCAUAACAGUAGAUUACCACAUCUAUUUAAGCAUAGUUGUGUGUAACAAUCUGGAUGUUAUUACAGUUGGUUUUAUAAUUCAUUAUUAAUUUGUGUAUGAUUGUAGCUCACUUACUACCUUUAUUUUAGUAUAAUUGAGCUGCAACACACUUGUAAUUGAAUAUAACUGGGGUACUUGUUGAACUUGUAGUAGUAGAUUGCUGGUUGGUCCCUGUUGGAGACUAGCUUAGUUAUAGUCCAGAGGCCAACGGUGUAUGAGUGUCAUUUCACAACUUAUACCAGCAAUUAUGCUAUUAUAUAUAUUUUUUGUUAUUUGUUUUAAUUUGUUCUAAAUUUAAAUUACUUGUUUGAAUUUGUGGUAGUGGAUUGCUGACUGUGGGCUCUGCUUGGUGACUGGCUUUGGUAUAGUCCUGAGGCCAUCAGUGUUUGAAAAUUAAUUCAUAAAUUUUUAUUAGCAAUUUGCUAUCAUAUAAUUAAUUUUUCAUUUUAAUUUUGUUAUUUGAAUUACCUGUUGAACGGUGUGAAUACUUUGUGAUAGUAAAUUGUUGAUUGGGUCCUGCUUGGUGACUAGCUUCUAGUUAUAGUCUAGAGGCCAGGUGUGCUUGAGUUUAGUUUGCAACUCAAAACCUGGUAUCAGCAAUUUUCUAUCUUAUAACUUUUAAUUUUAAGUUUUUUCUUAUUUGUUGGGGUGUCCUUUGGUACAGUGGUGAGGUCUAGGUUACCUAAAUACUUAGGAGUCGGAAUAUUUUGGUGGCCUCACUCGUACACUCCUUUAAAUAAUUCCUUUUGAUUUUUUUGAAUUUUUAUUUUGAUUUUUUUUUAUUUUUUUUUUUUAUUUUUUUUUUGUUCUGGUUGUAAACUGCAAGUAACAUGUCGGUGUCCUACAAUCGCGGGAAGGUGACUAGUGAGCUCCGAUGGUUCGCAUCAGCUCAUGCUUUGGUUGACAGAACGGAUAGGGAUGCGGCACUGCUUGAUAGGGCGUCUCAGGUGCACGAACGGUUGGAGGUAGUGUACGAUCGGUUGUCUGACCUCGUUGCUUUGGGGUCCGAAGUGGAGAAGGAGGUGAUCCAUGCCAUCGGUCUUGACGUGGACCGACGUCCAUCGACCUGCCGAUCUUCCACGGCGAUCUGAACGAGUGGGUCGGCUUUAUAAAUUUGUUUGACAGCCUGGUCCAUGGUCGGUCCGACUUGACUGCCUCUUAUAAGAUGGCUCAGCUUCGGGGUGCUCUGCGAGGUGAACCUGGUGAAUUGGUGGCACACUUGCCUAUCACCAACGACAAUUAUGCGGUCGCACGCCAGAUCCUGUUCGACCGAUAUCAAAAUCAACGACGGUUGGUGAACGCUCAGCUGGCCAGCCUGUUUGCGAUACCCAAGCUUUCUCGGGCUUCCGAUAUCAGAACCGAGGUACUGAAUCCAGUUACGGUGGCCACUAAGGCCUAAGGCACUAAGGCAAUUUGGGUCUACCAGUAGACCAAUGGUCAUAUCUGCUCUUUUAUAUUGUUGCAGGUAGGCUGCCGGUUGAGGUGCUCACUCGAUUCGAGCAGCAGGACAACGCAGGUAGGGACGAACUGCCUACCCUGGCCAGUCUGCUGGCAUUUUUAGAAGCGGAAAGUCGCCGACACGAGAUUAUGCCACCGCCCUCCUCCUCUGGGUCGCGUGUGCCGACUUCCGGCUACGCCGUUUCGGUUGCUCAGAGGGGAGGGGGAGGGGAUAAGAGGGGGCCGUCUCAACGACUGACUGCGCUCAUGGCAGCGAUGGGAAGGCCACGGUGUGCCUUCUGUCAUGAGAGCGGGCACGACGUAGCCGCCUGUCCUAAGUUCCGGUCGACGCGCAUCAGGGGUAGACGCAACAUCGAUGCCCAGCGGCGAUGGUGCUUUUUUUGUUUUGGGCCGCACACGGCGAGCGUCUGUCCACAGCCACAAUUGUGCCCUAAUUGCGACGGUCGGCACCAUGCCCUCCUGUGUCUGGAGUCUGCCGCCACUCCGAGGUCAGCCGGACGCAGUCAUCCAGCCUCGCCGACCGGUGAGCGUACCAGUCGUAGCCCUCGCCAAUUCGGCGGCGUGGACCCUCGGAAAGAGGCUUCACAGGGAGGCGCCGGGUUUGGUACUGCGGGCGGGUGCCAGCGGAUGCCCACUAGCUACGCCGGGGUGGCCACGUUGUCCCCCCGUGCGGGGCCGUGUUCGCCUGCUGGAUCGAGUAGCCCUGCUCACUCGUCUCCCCCUCCCUCAGAAGUACGGUUUUCCCCUCUGCUGAGGGAGCGGCCGACGCUGGAGCGACUCCCUCCAGUGUUUGGCCCGUUUGGCCAUCGUACGCGGAAGUAUAUGAGGCGAGACAGGAAACGAGGGCCUUAUGUGGGAGCGUGGGAUCCGCUGGCACGCUACGACCUUUCGUCGCGCGCCGACCGGGAUAGCGGGGACCCGGGCCCCCGCUAGGAAAUUGCUGCUCACUGCAGUGUUGCCCCAGCAGCUGUUUUACUUCCUACAGCUUCUGUUCGGAUGUUGGAUUCGGAUGGCAACACUGUGUUUGCUCGAGCUCUGUUGGAUUCCGGCGCACAGGGCAGUAUUAUGUCGAGCAACCUUGCAGUACGGUUGGGCAAUCCUAUUUACAAGUCUUCUUAUUCUAUUCGUGGAGUGGGCAAUGUUAGAAUUUCGGACGUGAUCGGUCACACUUCAUUUAUUUUCUCAUCGAAUCCUAACCCUCGCUUACAGUUUAGAGUCUCAGCUUUGGUGAUGCCUGAGGUGAUAGGUCGUCACCCUCCGGUGAAGGUAAACAGUUACAUACGGUCAUUGACUUCAGACUUACGGCUAGCGGACCCCAAGUUUGACACACCGGGGCCAGUAGACGUACUACUUGGGGCGGAUGUACUAGGGAAGCUGUUCCUGACUGGGAAGCGCGUUCUUCAUGCGGAGGGUUUGGUUGCAAUGGACACAAAAUUAGGGCAUGUAUUGUUGGGUCCUGCGUUCCGGCCGGUCGCUGCGAGGAAAUCGGACAAUGUUCUGGUCGGGUCUACGCUUUCGGAAGUAGUCCAACGGUUUUGGGAACUAGAAGAACCUCCUACAGCUUAUCGAGUUAACCCGGAUGAGGAGGAAUGUGAGCUGUUUUACCAAAAUACUGCGGGUCGUCUAUUCGGGGCGGUUCUUGUUAAGACUUCCAUUUCGGGCGAAUCGCCCACUGCUAGGCAGCUCGAGGAAGGCAGCAGAGACUAGACUCUUGUCAAUGGAGAGACGCAUGAGGCGCGACGCGGUGUUCCGGCAGAAAUAUGUAGAGUUUAUGCGGGAAUAUGAAUCCUUAGGUCACAUGUCUGUUUCCAAGGUAGAUUGGAGUGCUACGGAGCACUGUUUCCUGCCUCAUCGGUGUACAUGCGGUAUACUUGCGGUUUCUUCAACUGGAAGGGUUGAUAUACGGUUGGUGUUAGCGAAGAGUAACGAACGAACGAAGAGUAGCGGAGUGAUUCAGGGGUUGGAUUUGGAUCUGCUCAUCAACCGUUAUAGCUCCUUGGACAAGCUGGUUAAGGUUAUCGCCUGGAUUUUGAGGUUUAUUCGGAAUUGUCGUUUGUCGGUGUCCCAAAGCAAUAUGACACCUGUUUUGUGUCCCAUUGAGCGGAAGAAGGCGCUGCUGAAAUUAAUUGAAGUUGUGCAAGCCACCAGCUUUCCUUCAGAAUUGAAGGCGCUAAGGACUGAGCGCCCUAAGCUUCGUGGAGCUAUCGCUCGUCUUAGCUCCUUUGUAGACGGCCAGGGGUUGAUUCGAGUGGGAGGUAGAUUAAGUAACUCCAAUUUACCUUAUUCGGCGCGCCAUCCUCUUUUACUUCCCAAGAAGAGCCAGUUAGUUGACCUGUUGGUGAUGGAUCGCCACAUCGCAAAUUCGCAUUCCGGUUGCAAUGCGCUGUUGGCAUCCCUCCAGAGGAAAUUUUGGAUUCUAUCGGGGCGUCGUGCGAUUCGGAGCGUCCUGUUCCGGUGUUUACCCUGUUAUCGGCUUAAGGCUUUUACGAUGCAGCCUCAGAUGGGAGAUCUGCCCCCAGACAGAGUGAAGAAGAUCAGGCCGUUUUCUGGAGUUGGUACGCACUUCGCUGGGCCCUUCAUGAUCAAGGCUUCACGUUUGCGGAAUGUUAGGUUAAUUAAGACUUAUCUGUGCGUCUUUGUCUGCCUUUCAACCAAAGCUGUACAUCUUGAAGUUGUUGCCGACCUUACAACGGAAGCCUUUAUUGCGAGCUUGGAUAGAUUUGUGUCCCGUCGAGGCUUACCCGAAUUGAUACGCUCCGAUAACGGAACGAAUUUUGUAGGUGCGGACCGUUAUUUGCGGGAUGUAGUAAAUUUCUUGAACAAUAACCAGGUGGAUAUUGAAACGGCCCUCUCUCGUCGCAGUAUUCGGUGGACCUUCAGUCCUCCAGGAUGCCCCCACUGGGGUGGAAUUUUCGAGGCAGUAGUAAAAUCGGCUAAGACUCACUUGAUGCGCGUGAUAGGGCAAACCUCGCUCACCUUUGAGGAGUUAACCAAGGUAUUUUGUAAAAUUGAAGCGGUACUUAAUUCACGGCCGUUGUGCCCGCUCAGUUUAGACCCGAAUGACUUGGAGUCGUUAACUCCAGGCCAUUUCUUGAUAGGACAGCCACUCAAUGCGUUGCCGGAGUAUCCCCUCUCGGAUAUCAAGCCUGGAUGGUUGCGGCGAUACCAGAUGUUGCAGCAGAUGUCCCAAGAUUUUUGGAAACGUUGGUCCCUUGAGUAUUUACAUCUGCUCCAGCAGCGCUUUUUUAAGUGGACGGAUAGAACCAGUCCCCCUCACGUCGGUCACCUUGUGUUGGUUAAGGAUGCUAACCUGCCGCCACUGCGUUGGCGUAUGGGGCGCAUUGUUAAUCUGUUUCCCGGUAAGGAUGGGACCCCUCGGUCUGCAGAGGUUCUGGUCGGGGACUCGGUUCUCAAACGAGCGGUCACAACGUUGUCCCAGCUGCCAGUGGAUUAGGGACAGGUAGGGGACCUGUUCGGGCGGGUGACUGUUUGAAACCAAUCCGUUAGUUUUUGAAUUUUUACCACGGCAACACGGGUCGCGAUUUGACGGUGCCUUCGCGAUUUGACAUCUGUCACUUUGUCUUGCUUCUCGAACGGGACGGUACCUGCAUAUAUUGACGGUCUACGCUAAAGUAUUGUAUCAUCGCUAAUCCUUAUCCAUUCCUGCCCUAAACCCUUCUCCCAAAGUGAUACGGCGUGAGAAGACGAAGUCA